CGUGGAGCAUCUGAUUGAGAAUGUGGAUCAUCAUCGGUACCGUUGCUUUGUUACACACAAAGUGUAUUGGAAACUCAGUACUAAGGAAACAGAAGUCAUCAAAUAUACUGGUUACUUAUCGUAUCAACAGAAUACACUUUCAACAGACCAUUCGUUGUUCAACUGAAAACCAACCUCAAGGUGAAAGUGGAAAGAUAAAGACGGGAAAGUUGUUAUUACCCAACGUGAGUUAUUAUCUUACAAAGAAUAACGGUAAUACUUUCCCUCAGUUGCCUUUGAACGGCCAGUCGACGGAGGAAAUUCUAGGCUCUACCAAAAAAAUAUUGCUUGACCACCGGGGAGUAGUAUAUACACAAAAGAGUACUGUAAAUAUGGAAAAAGAACAUAUAGCAGCUUUGGAAACCAAAAAUAUCCAGUCAAAGAGUGCAAAAACCCAUUCUUCCUUUGGAGUUUUGACUGUCGAUAGCGACCUGCACGUGACACCCGCAUCGUCGUUAUUACCACAGUCUCCAAUAACAAGUUUAUGUACUACAAAAAAGGGAGUUGUUUUAGGUGUUUUACAAUCAACUGAUGACGAAGAUUAUAUACCGAUAUUGUGGAUGGCCAACUAUGGAACUUGUGGAAAGAAUACAGAGUGCUUCUUGGUGGGUAUCUCUAUAGUAGACUUGAAGCGGUUUCAAGCAGGGAUAGUCGACCAAUUGAUUGAUUUAUUUGCAGCACAGUUUCAAGUAAAAGCCAAAAAUCUGCGAGUUUUGAUAGGAAUGACUCCAUCUAUGAAGUUUCCACGAGCAAGUGGAAAUCAGGUCUUGGAAAUAUUUGAUUGUGAAAGAUGGAAGUUGACACGCCAGUUUCAGAUUGUGCAUAUGGUUGGAAAGAAACAUACGGAACAGUUGGUCAUAAGCAAAAAAAGAACAAGUCUUCAAAAGGAUAGGGAAGUACUGGCUCGAAAAACUUUGGGAAGCAUUCAAUGGAAAGUGGAUAUAUCGAGGCUUAUUGCAGAGCGUCUUCAAUAUUUAGGUAUUAUUGUAUUGAAUAAUACUUUUCCAGUUUCAUUGUUGGAAAACAAACGGAAAUACAUUUGAUGGAAACAUCAUUUACCAAAAAUAUUCUU